AUGACUCUUGUUAUCCUCUACAUGGUGACAGCGCUGACGAUGAUGUGGAGGAGGAUGGGCCAGCACAAAGCAGGGAGGAGGAGGGAGACGAGGCAGCUGGCAGCCAACACUUCGCAAGCCAUGCUGCUGCACGCCGUAGCUCGUGAAGCGAAGCUGAAGCAGGUCAAGCUCUCUGCUGCUCGCGCCCGUUCCUUGGAUCCGAUCGGAUCCACUGGGCAGCAUGGCGUCUCAGCCUAUCGCAACCGGUCGGCGGAAGCAGAGGCGAUGCUGGAAGCAGCCAAGGACCAGGGACUAGAUCGGUUCUUGCAGCAGAAGGCAUGCGGGGCGACGGGGCUUCACGUGUUCUACUACGCCUGGUACGCCAACAGAGACAAUGACGAUCAUUGGAGCCACUGGAACCACAAGGUCCUCCCGCACUGGACAGCAGCCGUCAACGAAAGGUUCAAGGAUCGCAUAGGACAGGAGCAUGCUCCUCCUCUGGAUAUCGGCUCCAACUUCUUCCCUUCCCUGGGGGCCUACAGCUCCAAGGACCCAGCAGUAGUCGAGCUGCACGUGGAGAUGAUGGCCAAGUCAGGGAUGGGCGUGCUGGUGUACAGCUGGUGGGGGAGAGGGAAGGCAGAUGCCAACGGGGAUCCCACAGACGAGCGCCUGAUCGAGCUCGUGAUGAACAAGUGCGAGGAGCGACGGGUCAAGUUCGCCUUCCACCUCGAGCCCUACGAGGGCAGGACAGCCCGCUCGGUCGGGGAGGACGUGGCCUACAUCCUGCGGAGGUUCGGGUCCCACCCAGCGCUCUACCGCAACCCCUCGAGGUGA